CCUUUGUGCCCGCCGCGCCCGGGCACCCGCGGGGGCCGGGCCCGACGCCCCUCCGGGGGCGCCUCCCCCCGCGGGGCCGCCGCCCCUUGCCCCGCUCCUCCUUCUCCUCCUCCUCCUCCUCCUCCGCGGGGGGCCGACCGGCGCUCCCAGCCCGGCUGCGGCGGAGGUAAUCCAUGCUGAAGAGGCUUCAUUCAUACAGAUGAACCAAGGGUUGAGGCAGCACUUUAAACCCAGAUAGUCGGUCGGCUAACUGCCCAGCAGGAUGCCAUCAACCAGCCGAGCGGGCAGCCUGAAGGACCCAGAAAUUGCAGAGCUCUUCUUCAAAGAAGAUCCAGAAAAGCUCUUCACAGAUCUCCGAGAGAUUGGCCAUGGAAGCUUUGGAGCAGUUUAUUUUGCACGUGAUGUGCGCACCAAUGAAGUGGUGGCCAUCAAGAAAAUGUCAUAUAGUGGGAAGCAGUCCAAUGAGAAAUGGCAGGAUAUUAUUAAAGAAGUCAAGUUCCUCCAAAGAAUAAAACACCCCAACAGCAUAGAAUACAAAGGCUGCUAUUUGCGGGAGCAUACAGCAUGGCUUGUUAUGGAAUAUUGUUUAGGAUCAGCAUCAGACUUACUAGAAGUUCAUAAAAAGCCAUUGCAAGAAGUGGAAAUAGCAGCAAUUACCCAUGGUGCUCUCCAGGGAUUAGCAUACUUGCAUUCUCACAAUAUGAUCCAUAGAGAUAUCAAGGCAGGAAACAUCUUGCUGACAGAGCCAGGACAGGUGAAACUUGCUGACUUUGGGUCUGCUUCCAUAGCAUCUCCUGCCAACUCAUUUGUGGGGACGCCAUAUUGGAUGGCCCCAGAAGUGAUUUUAGCCAUGGAUGAAGGGCAGUAUGAUGGCAAAGUAGAUGUUUGGUCUCUUGGAAUUACCUGUAUUGAGUUAGCGGAAAGGAAGCCUCCUUUGUUUAAUAUGAACGCAAUGAGUGCCUUAUAUCACAUAGCGCAGAAUGAAUCCCCUACACUACAGUCUAAUGAAUGGUCUGAUUAUUUUCGAAACUUCGUAGAUUCUUGUCUCCAGAAGAUCCCUCAAGACAGGCCUACAUCAGAGGAGCUUCUGAAGCACAUGUUCGUUCUUCGGGAGCGGCCCGAAACAGUGUUAAUAGACUUGAUUCAGAGAACAAAGGAUGCAGUGAGAGAACUGGACAACCUGCAGUAUCGUAAAAUGAAGAAGCUCCUCUUCCAGGAGGCGCACAAUGGCCCUGCAGUUGAAACACAGGAGGAGGAGGAGGAACAAGAUCAUGGUGUUGGCAGGACAGGAACAGUGAACAGUGUCGGAAGUAAUCAGUCCAUUCCUAGUAUGUCUAUCAGUGCCAGUAGCCAAAGCAGUAGUGUUAACAGUCUUCCAGAUGCCUCGGAUGAUAAGAGCGAGCUGGAUAUGAUGGAGGGGGACCACACCGUGAUGUCAAACAGCUCUGUCAUUCAUUUAAAGCCGGAGGAAGAAAACUACAGAGAGGAAUCAGAUCCUCGAACAAGGGCAUCAGAACCCCAGUCUCCUCCCCAAGUAUCUCGCCACAAGUCUCAUUAUCGCAACCGAGAGCACUUUGCUACUAUACGCACAGCAUCGCUGGUGACAAGGCAAAUGCAGGAACAUGAACAAGACUCUGAACUCCGGGAGCAGAUGUCUGGCUAUAAACGCAUGAGACGGCAACACCAGAAGCAGCUGAUGGCAUUAGAGAAUAAGCUGAAGGCAGAGAUGGACGAGCAUCGCCUCAGGUUGGACAAAGAUCUGGAAACCCAGCGUAACAAUUUUGCUGCAGAAAUGGAAAAGCUAAUUAAAAAGCACCAAGCGGCCAUGGAGAAAGAGGCUAAAGUGAUGGCCAAUGAAGAAAAGAAGUUUCAACAACAUAUUCAGGCCCAGCAGAAAAAAGAAUUGAACAGUUUCCUGGAGUCCCAGAAAAGAGAAUAUAAACUCCGUAAAGAGCAGCUGAAAGAGGAGCUGAAUGAAAACCAGAGCACUCCAAAGAAGGAGAAGCAGGAGUGGCUCUCUAAGCAGAAGGAGAACAUCCAGCAUUUCCAGGCAGAGGAAGAAGCCAACUUAUUGAGGCGUCAGAGGCAGUACUUGGAGCUGGAGUGUCGCCGCUUUAAGAGACGGAUGCUACUUGGCCGCCAUAAUCUGGAGCAGGACCUAGUUCGAGAGGAGUUAAACAAAAGGCAGACACAGAAGGACCUGGAGCACGCCAUGCUGCUGCGUCAGCACGAGUCCAUGCAGGAGCUGGAGUUCCGCCAUCUCAGUACCAUCCAGAAGAUGCGCUGUGAGCUGAUCCGGCUCCAGCACCAGACCGAGCUCACCAACCAGCUGGAGUACAACAAGCGCCGCGAGCGGGAGCUGAGGCGUAAGCAUGUCAUGGAGGUCCGGCAGCAGCCCAAGAGCCUGAAGUCAAAAGAACUACAGAUAAAGAAGCAGUUUCAGGAUACAUGCAAGAUCCAAACCAGACAGUACAAAGCACUGAGAAACCAUCUGCUGGAGACCACGCCAAAGAGUGAACAUAAAGCUGUCCUCAAACGGCUCAAGGAGGAGCAGACCCGGAAGCUGGCUAUCCUGGCUGAGCAGUAUGAUCACAGCAUUAAUGAAAUGCUCUCUACACAAGCUCUGCGUUUGGAUGCACAGGAAGCAGAGUGCCAGGUUUUGAAGAUGCAGCUGCAGCAAGAAUUGGAGCUGCUGAAUGCAUAUCAGAGUAAAAUCAAGAUGCAGGCAGAAGCCCAGCAUGAUCGGGAGCUGCGUGAUCUUGAACAGAGGGUAUCCCUCCGCCGGGCCCUCCUUGAGCAGAAGAUUGAGGAGGAGAUGCUGGCGUUGCAGAACGAGCGUACCGAGCGGAUACGAAGCCUGCUGGAGCGUCAAGCUCGCGAGAUCGAAGCCUUUGACUCAGAGAGCAUGAGGCUAGGUUUAGUAACAUGGUUCUUUCUAAUCUCUCCCCCCGAGGCGUUCAGCCACAGCUACCCGGGAGCUUCUGGCUGGUCCCACAAUCCUACUGGGGGUGCAGGACCUCACUGGGGUCUUCCCAUGGGUGGCCCACCACAAGCUUGGGGCCAUCCAAUGCAAGGUGACCCCAGCCAUGGGGGUCACCCCUCGGGGCCCAUGCAGGGGGUACCUCGAAGUAGUGCUAUAGGGGUCCGCAACAGCCCCCAGGCUCUGAGGCGGACAGCUUCUGGGGGACGGACGGAGCAGGGCAUGAGCAGGAGCACAAGUGUUACUUCACAAAUAUCCAAUGGUUCACACAUGUCUUAUACAUAACUUAAACAAUAACUGAGGGUGGCAAUUCCACUGGAGCUGUCUGCCAACAGAAUACUGCCUACAGACACCAGCCCAGCAGCCUCCUCAGUGCGGUGCUGACGUGUGGAAGCUGGGUGCACAUGGAAUAUUGUAUUCAUUUUGUAAAGCAUUACGUUUUGUGUUUAACUAACUGGGAUGUCAUAGUAUUUGGCUGCAGGGUUGGGGGGUUGGUUUUUUUUUUUAG